AGUUUUUGUUUGCUUUUUCAAAUUUAAUUGUUAGCCUUUUGAUUCAACUGGUUUGGCGUAUGUAGGAGUUGAGCUCGCAUGCCAUGUGUUUGAUAGAAUGUCCGAAUGUGUGUACAGUACAGGAAGUAUAUACUGACAAGAUUGAAUUGGUUGUCGUGUUUGUUAGGUCAAGCUUUGAAGUUUGAAGGUGGCACUUUUUUGUGGAGUUUAUGAUGAGACGGCAGGGGCAGUAUGGUGAUUCAGGAGUGAACACAUAUACUGCUGCUGCUCCGAUGCAUCAUAUGUCUGGCCAGAGGAUGGAGCACAAAUCUAGUCAUUUUGAAGGACGAUUGGAAGCCUUCACUCCAGAGAGGGACAAUCCAUAUGCAUCUUCAAAAUCAGAGGGCCAAUGGAGAUGGGAAAGAGAUGGAUCAAAAGGGUCAAAUCCAAUGGCAUCUCAUAUGUACAAUGAAGGUCAAGGGGGUGAUACAUCAAGAUCCUAUUUCCAGGGUCAAAGGCCUGAUCCAAAACUUGCUAUGGAGAAACAAAACAAUAAUGAUUCCCGAUCUCAAUCCCAUAAUGAAGAUAUGGACCUUGGGUAUGAGGACAAGCCUUCCUCGCAGACUUUUGAAGAACUUGAGCAGAAAUUCCUUGACGACAUUAGGAAACUAACCAAGGAACAGAACGAUGCUGAGGAUGCAGAAAAUGCUAGACACAAAGAGAAAAUUGGUGCAAUAAAUGCUCAGUAUGAAGAACAACUAGCAGCACUUCGGGCGCGGCAUGCAAGUCGUAGAGACGAAUUGCUUCGUAGGGAAUCAAAUGCCCGACAGCAUCAGUACCAGCAAUCAGUAAUGGAUUGUUACCCUAACAGCAGCAUGGGCCCCUCUGAACUUCGUGGGUACAGUGGAGUUGCAGCCUCAGCUGCUGGUGGCGAAGGGCACCGAGCCUAUAAUACUGAUCAAUAUGAGUCCUACAGAGAGCGGGCUCGAUUUCUUGGAGGUUCUCGUGAUCAUGGGUUUGAGCCUAGAGGUCCAUAUCCAGGAGGCCGAGUUUAUGAUACCGGCGCGCGCUAUUACUAAGUUAGCAUUGUUUGUUAACCUUGCUAGUUUUUCUUCACCAGGUUUAUGUUGGUUAGGCACCUUAUUAUAGUAAACAUAUUACUGUCAUUUGUGUUUUAAUGAUAAAUUAUGCAGUGUGCUUUGGUGUA